CGGACUUUCUUUUAUCGAAGACUUUUUCUUUUCUCUUAUCUUUAUUAUCCCAAACCAUACCCGCAAUGGCCAAGGUCCCUCGUUCUUUCCGACUUCUCUCGGAGCUCGAACAUGGUGAAAAGGGUAUCGGAGACGGAUCAUGCUCCUAUGGUCUCAAAGAUGGCGAUGACAUUGCCAUGUACGAAUGGAAUGGGACAAUCUUGGGUCCUCCUCACUCUGCGUUUGAGAACAGGAUUUUUAGCUUGAGCAUCUACUGUGGUGACAACUACCCAGAUGUUCCUCCUUUGGUCAAGUUCGAAUCUAGGAUCAGUCUCCCAUGCGUUAACCAACAAGGCUUGGUUGACUUUUCCAGAAUCAACUCUAUCUCCAAGUGGAACCGAAAUUUCACCCUUGAGACUGUUCUCGUCGAGUUGAGACGAGACAUGGCCUCUCCUGCUAACCGCAAGUCCUCUCAGCCCCCUGAAGGCGUCGACUUCCCACCUCUUGAUCUCCGUGCCCUUGCUCAACAGCGAGGCCUCUAAAUCUCCUACACAAGCAAUAUUUUAAGCAAAUGAGGCGUGUGAUGGAGGAAUGCCAAAGAAGUAAGGACGUUGGAUGGACUGUCAGAAGUGGGCUGUAGUCAGGUAGAGUUUCAUGUUCAUGUUGAGAUACGGUACAUCGGUAUGCAGUCGGAGAUCAUCACUGAG